GGGGAUUUCUUUUUGGAUAUUUGGGAAAUAUGUGUUCUGUUAUUUGUUUCAAAAGAUUGAUCGUUGGAGCCCAUUUCUGAAUUUUGUGAUUCUGAAACUGAAUUUCUAACUCUUUCGUUCAAAUUGUGCUUCUCUUUUUUACUGAAUUUGGGUCUAAGAAUUUUGGGUUUUUGUUUUUAUGUUUCCCCAUUUUGGUUUCUUCUGAAAGUUUGAAACUUUUGAGUUGACAGAAUUGUAACGUUGGAUAUUGAUUCAUUGAAACUGAAUUUUGAUUAAUCUGUUAAUGUUUUUCCUUUUCAGGAGCCCUUUUUGUGUAUAGAGUGUGUGUUGAACUGGAUGCUUGUUUACUUCUAUUUCAAGUGUAAUGCUGAGUUUUCCCUUUUGUUGCUUGGAAAAAUGUGCAACAGGAAUACUAGGAAUAGAGAUGGGUAGCCAAAUCCCUGGAACUAACGAUCGUACGAGGACAUAUUGGACACCUACAAUGGAACGGUAUUUCAUUGAUCUUAUGCUGGAGCAGAUGCAUAGAGGGAAUAGGAUUGGGCAUACAUUCAGCAAACAAGCCUGGACAGACAUGCUUACCGUGUUCAAUGCAAAAUUCGGAUCACAGUAUGACAAAGAUGUCUUAAAAAGUCGUUAUACAAACUUAUGGAAGCAAUUCAACGGUGUAAAGAAUUUACUUGGUCAGAGUGGGUUUUCUUGGGAUGAAUCUCGACAAAUGGUGGUAGCUGAUGAUUAUGUCUGGAAUGCCUACAUCAAGGCUCACCCAGAUGCACGAUCCUACAAGACAAAAGCAAUGCUGAAUUUCAGUGAUUUGUGCUUGAUAUAUGGGUAUACAACUGCGGAUGGAAGAUAUAGUCGAUCUAGUCAUGAUUUGGACUUUGAUGAUGAAGUCCAGGGGGUAAAUAUGGGUGAUGGAAUGUGUAAUCUUCCCUCCACCAAUAAUGAGCGUCCAAGAACUGAAUGGAAUGCAGACAUGGACCAAUAUUUUAUUGAGCUUAUGCUUGACCAAGUAGGAAGAGGCAAUAAGGUUGAUAAUACAUUCAACAAACAAGCAUGGACCGACAUGCUUGCUUUAUUUAAUGCAAAAUUCGGUCCUCAACAUGGCAAGAGGGUUUUAAGACAUAGAUACAAGAAACUGUGGAAGUACUACGGUGAUGUGACAGUUAUUCUGAAACAGAAUGGCUUUUCCUGGGAUGAAACACAGCUAAUGAUCACAGCUGAUAAUGAUGUUUGGGAUGCUUAUAUUAAGGCACAUCCUCAUGCGCGAACAUAUAGACUGAAAACCUUGCCAAACUACAAUGAUUUGGUCUUAAUAUAUGGUGAAGCAAUUGAUGAAGGAAAUGUGAAUAAUGUGCCCCAGGAAUAUGACAUCUCCAGAGCAACUGCUGGUGAAGGGAAGAAAAGUGUGAAUCCUGCUGGUGAUCGUACAAGGACAUUUUGGACACCACCAAUGGAUCGAUAUCUCAUUGACUUGUUGCUAGACCAGGUCCAUAGAGGGAAUAAACUUGGACAGACAUUCAUAACACAGGCUUGGAUUGACAUGGUUACAUCAUUUAAUGUCAAAUUUGGAUCUCACUAUGAUAAAGAUGUUCUCAAGAAUCGAUACAAACAUUUAAGGAGGCUGUACAACGACAUAAAGAUUCUUCUUGAGCAAAGUGGGUUCUCAUGGGAUGAAGCAAGGGAUAUGGUAUCAGCUGAGGAUAGCGUUUGGGAUGCUUAUAUCAAGUCACAUCCAGAUGCUCGAUCAUACAGAGUUAAAACUGUGCCAAGCUAUCAUAAAUUGUGUGUAAUAUUUGGACAAGAAAGUUGUGAUGGAAGAUACAACAGAUUGGCUCAAAAUGUAGGCACUGAUGGCGAUGUAACUGUUUUAAUGACUGGUUAUGGUAAUGAAGAAAAUGACCAUUUUCCCAGCACUAUUCAUCAUCAUGGAAUUGAAUGGACAGCCCCAAUGGACCGGUUUUUUAUUGACCUUCUGUUAGAACAGGUUCAUGAAGGGAACAAGAUAGAUCGCACAUUCAAUGAACAGGCAUGGAUUCAUAUGGUUGAAUCAUUCAAUGAAAAUUUUGCGCUUCUAUUGAACAAGAACGAAUUAGAAAAUCAGUACAUCUGCUUGAUGAAACAAUAUGAUGACAUUAGUGAUCUUCUCAAUCAUAGUGGGUUUGUUUGGGAUGAAGCUAAGCAAAUGGUUGUAGCAAACAAUGAUGUUUGGGAAGUUUACAUUAAGGAACAUCCCGAUGCAGUCUCUUACAAGGAUAAAUUCUUGGGCAGUUAUAGUGAUUUGUGCAAGAUUUUCAAAGAUGAAGUAUUAGAUGGAAGACCCAGUGGUCAGGUUCUAGGGGUGGAAACUGACCAUAGUGCGCCAGAAGUUAUUUUGGACAGAGCACCUGGAAAUUUACAAACUCAAGGUGGGGACUUUCAUUUAUUUGAUCAACACAGAAAGCGAUCAACUGCAACACCGGACAUAGGACGAGCAAGCAAGGCACCGAAAACUGAUCAGGAGAUGCAGAAGAUGGUUUCCAGGAUGGCUGGUGCAGUCACAAGAUUAGCAAGUCAGAAAGGAAAUAAGAACUAUUCGAUAAUAGAAAGUGCAGUUGAUGCACUUCAGGCUCUCCCAGACAUAGAUGAUGAGCUUCUGUUGGAUGCUUGUGAUCUAUUGGAAGAUGAGAAAAAAGCAAAAACUUUUUUGGCAUUGGAUGUUACAUUGCGAAAGAAGUGGUUGCUAAGAAAACUUCGAUCAUAGCAGCAGCCUUCCUGUGUUUCGAUUCUGAGAAUUUUGAUAUAUCCUUUCCCUUUCCUAGUUGAGUAGAUUAUUUAUUCCUAAUUCUGCAAGGACCCCGAGUUCUUGGCCUUGCCUCAUAUGCAUGGAGGUAAGGUUUUCGAAACCUGGUCCCAAAUUUUGUAGCAUAUGUUUAUAAUGAUAACGUGCAGCUUUAUGGGAUGAUUUUUCCCCCACUUAAAGAUA